UUUUAUGAGCAAAUCACGAUUGUCAAUUUAAACUAGGUCACACAAGUGAUUUCUUUUAUUUGUACUCGAACCAGUGCCUAGAAAUGAUGUUCAGAGCAGUUGCAGCAACGUUUUUGCUGCUGUGUUAUAUACAAGAUGCAGAAGUAGCUUUUUCAAGCUUCUACCCAAAACUGAAGCCAAAAAACAUCAAAAGAGAUGUAAUUGUUACAGAAGAUCCACUAAUUUUAACGCCGUACAUAGAGAACAACCAAAUAGAAAAAGCUCAAUCACUGGCCAAAGUUCCUUCCGAUGUUUUCAAGAACGUAAAGUCUUAUUCUGGAUUCUUCACCGUCGAUAAAGCCUUUGACUCAAACAUGUUCUUUUGGUUCUUCCCAGCAGAAACCAACUACAAAGAAGCACCUGUUUUACUGUGGUUGCAAGGAGGUCCCGGUGCUUCUUCUUUGUACGCCAUAUUUCAAGAAAACGGACCAUUCAACUACAACAAUUCUCCAGAUUUAGAACUGAACCCUUAUUCUUGGAACAAGGAACAUUCAGUCCUAUACAUAGACAACCCAGUUCAAACAGGAUACAGUUUUACCAACAAUGGCUUCGCACAAAACGAAACCAAGGUUGGUGAAGAUCUCUAUGAAGCUAUCCGUCAGUUUUUCCUGCUGUUUCCGGAUCUUCAAAAGAACGACUUCUUCAUUACGGGUGAGUCUUAUGCAGGAAAGUAUAUUCCAGCGGCGGCGUAUGCCAUUUACACGAAGAAUAAAGAAGCAGAGUUGAAAAUUAACUUGAAGGGAAUGGCUAUUGGAAACGGUUUGUGCGAUCCUGUGCAUCAAUUGGUUUAUUCCGACUAUCUGUAUCAGAUAGGAUUGGCGGAUAGUAAUGAGAAGGAAGAAAUACAUCAUUUGGAAAAAGAAAUUAUACAAUAUAUCCAUAAAGAAGACUUCCAGAAAGCCUUUGAACUAUUUGACGAUCUUCUAAAUGGAGACCUAAACGGAGGAAACACUUUGUUUAAAAACAUCACUGGAUUUACUUCUUAUUAUAAUUACUUACAGGACCAUGGUUCAGGAGAGUCAAACUUAACUGAUUUCCUGGAAAGCGAGCAAGUCCGAAAAGCGAUUCACGUAGGCAACCUAAAAUACAACGACGGAGACGACGUGGAGAAAAAACUGGUCCUGGACUUAAUGCAGUCCGUAGCGCCGUGGAUUUCUGAACUGCUCAGCAACAUCAGAGUUCUUUUCUACAACGGACAGCUUGAUAUAAUAGUUGCCUAUCCCACUACUGAGAACUUUUUAAAGCAUUUGCAUUUCAGUGCUGCCAACGAAUAUAAAACUGCUCGAAGGCAGAAAUGGUAUGUGGGUGAUUAUCUAGCCGGAUACGUUAAGCAGGCUGGUAACUUGACAGAGGUUUUGGUGAGAAAUGCUGGGCAUUUGGUUCCUGGAGAUCAGCCAAAGGCAGCGCUGGAUCUAAUUACACGUUUUACACAAAAUCAACUUCACUAGAAUAAAGAUAUGUUAGUCUGUUCAGAUUAUCGGCGAAUAGGCCAUUUUUGGGAAAAGUUAUUUACCAGCAAUUUUAUUGCUGGAAUCGAAUCUUAUGAUUGUAUAUAUUAAUAAUAUAGGUACACAAAGUCCGCAGAUAGUGUGCUACUUUUUUUAUAAACAAAAUGGCGCCCGAAAAUCGUGUUUUUUCAAUUUUUGCUCUAUAACUCCAAAGGUUUUAUCUUUACACCAAGAACAUCCAAAUAAAAAUUCACCGUAAUUAAAUUCUGCAUAGAGACGUGUUUUUCCCGAUUUACUUCGACGAAAAUUUUCCCCGGAAAAUGCGGUUUUUUCCAACAAAAUCUUUAAUUUUCAACUAAAAUUUUAGAUAAAUAAUUGUUUAUCAAUAAUUAAAUAACUUAGUAAUAUAAAACCUCUUUUCGUAUAGGUUAUAAUUCCAUAAGCCAAUGAAAAUUGAAUGAACAGUUUAGCAACAAUUUAAUUGUUAAUUAAAAAUUUACGGUAGCUAUAAUAACCACAAUAAUUACGAUUCAUAAGAAUAACUAUGAUUUUUGUAUAAAAUAACACAGUACCUAUCUAAUGUACUUUACAUAAUUGAAAUUGGACUAUUUAAGCGGCCUGAAGAAUAUUUUAAAAUUAUAAACAAUUUUUUGGCUUAUAAACAAAUAGAAUAUCUCGGGAUAUAUUAAAUUAAAUCAUGAAAACGGUAUUGGAAAAAAGCGGCAGGACGCUUGUUUUAAAAGAAAAAACGUUUAAUUGUGAUAAGUGGUUCCUGAGAUACAACCGGUUAAAGAUGACCGGCAUUUACGGCAAAGAUAUAAAUAAUAGGAUCAUAAUUUUUGAACCGUCACCUUUUUAUUUCGGUCCUCUUUUUUCACACCAAUUUCCAUAUCUUUAAAAUACUCAUAUCAUAUAUUAUUAUAAUAAAAAUAUCGAUAUUACGAGUGAAAAUUGCCAAAAAUAGCAAAAUUCCAAUCAAAAAUUAAGGUUGGACAAAAUGUAAUCUCAAAGUUCAAAAUCGGUAUACGUUAAAAAAAUGCAUUUUCUCGGCUUCCCAUGAAGCAAUUUUCUUCAUUCUUUUUUUGUUCCCAAGUAACUCGAAUAGAGCUAUCUAACUAACGCAUUAUUAAAUGUCAAAGUUACUUUUGUUUUGUUAUAAUAAAUUAAUUUAUUUAUUAUAACAAAAAUUUUUAAUUUGUUUAAAUAAUUAUACAGCUUUCAAAUGAGAAUAUUUGUGUUUUUAACGUUAAAAGGUACACUUGUAGUAAGUUUAUCUAAAAAAAAGUCUACAACUGAAAAAAUAUGUAGUUGUCUUUGCUUAUAAAUAAAUUAAUAUAUUAUAACAAAACAAAAGCAAGUUUGACAUAUAAUAUUUCGUUAUUUAGAUGGCUCUGCUCCAGUUACUUGGAAACAAAAAAAAAAGAAUGAAGAAAAUUGCUCCAUGGGAAGCCGAGAAAAUGCAUUUUUUUAACGUAUAGCGAUUUUGAACAUUGAGAUUACAUUUUCUCCAACCUAAUUUUUGAUUGGAAUUUUGCUAUUUUUGUCAAUUUUCAAUAUCGAUAUUUUUAUUAUAAUAAUAUAUUUUAUGAAUAUUUUAAAGAUAUGAAAAUUGGUGUGAAGAAAGAGGACCGAAAUAAAAAGGUGAUGGUUCAAAAAUUAUGAUCGUAUUGUUUAUAUCUUUGCCGUAAAUGCCGGUCAUCUUUGACAGGUUGUAUCUCAGGAACCACUCAUCACAACUAAACGUAUUUUCUUUUAAAAGAAGCGUCCUGCUGCUUUUUUUCCUAUAACGUUUUCGUGAUUUAAUUUAAUUUAAUAUUUCCCGGGAUAGUCUAUUUGUUUAUAAGCCAAAAAAUUGUUUAUAAUUUUAAAAUAUUCCUGGGGCCGCUUAAAUAGUCCAAUUUCAAUUCUGUAAAGUACAUUAGAUAGGUACAGUGUCUUUUUUUUUACAAAAAUCAUAGUUAUUCUUAUGAACCAUAAUUAUUGUGGUUAUUAUAGCGACCGUAAAUUUUUAAUUAACAAUUCAAUUGUUGCUAAACUGUUCAUUCACUUUCCAUCGGCUUCUGGAAUUAUAAUCUAUACGAAAAGAGCUUUUAUAUUACCAAGUUAUUUAAUUAUUGAUAAACAAUUACUUGUAUAAAAUUUUAGUUGAAAAGUAAAGAUUUUGUUGGAAAAACCCGCAUUUUACGGGGAAAUGUUUCGUCGAAGUAAAUCGGGAAAAACACGUCUCUAUGCAGAAUUUAAUUACGGUGAAUUUUUGUUUGGGUGUUUUUGGUGUAAAGUUAAAAUCUUUGGAGUUAUGAAGCAAAAAUUGAAAAAAAUACGAUUUUCGGGCUCCAUUUUGUUUAUAAAAAAAGUAGGGCACUAUCUGCGGACUUUGCAUACCUAUAUUAUUAAUAUAUACAAUCAUAAGAUUCAAGACACAAUGAGUCAGAUUAAAAAAAUUAUUAGAAGAAUUUUUUUACUUAGCAACAACAUUUUUGUUUAUUUUAAUAGUAUUUUGUAUUUUGACAACGAAACCCGAUUUGGGCUUCGAAACGUUAAUAAAUUCAUUUUUUAGUAAAAUUGUGGCUUAUUUCCCAUAGAAAAUACUUAAUUAUAAAAAUGCCACAAGGAAAUAGCUUCAGAACAACAUAAGAUUCGAUUCCAGUAAUAAAAUUGCUGGUAAAUAACUUUUCCUUGUAUUUUGCUAAUUAGUCCAGAGUAAUGUGGACUUUCAUAUACAAGGGUGACCAGAAGUCAGCUGUCUUUGCAAAUAAUUAUGUAUUUAAAAUAAUUGUUCCAAAUGUUCACCAUUCAUCACAAUACACUUCAAAUAACGUUUUUCAAUCAAAGAGAUCUUCAACGUUGUCCAUCUUCGCGCAAAAAAACUGUUCCUAAAUUGAAAAAUCCAUAGGAGUAAUGUCUGGCGAUCUUGGAGGCCACGAUUCGUUUCCACGUCUACCGAUCCAUGCAGGACCCUGAUAUUAAAACUGUUUUAAUAAAAACGCAAGUUGUUAUAACCAAACACAACGACUAAACCCACAAAAAAGCCGGUAUUCGUUCGUUUCAAGGUCGACUAACAUAUUGACUUAUGCCCAGCUGGACGUGUUGUUAAGGAUCGUUUAAACACAGCGAUAAAUCAAACAACUUAUCAAGGUCAAUCGAGUUGUUGCAACUUAUCAUUGUGUGUAAACGGUGCAUCGCACAACUUAUCAAAGUUGGAGUUGGGUUGAAGGUGAUAUCGCAUUGAAUCGCAGCGUCUAAACAGCGUUUCAACUUAUCAUCACAACUAGUUGCUGUGACUUAUCGUUGUGUUUAAACGACGCUUUAGGAAAUGCACGCUGAACGCCGGAUAGAGUGGUGGAAUUUGCUCAUGCCUCGUUCCCAAGAACGCCAGCUGACUUGCGCCCACACCUAUACAACAUGACCAACACUAAAAAAAAGUUGAAUUUGCUCAAAAUAAGGUAUUAACAAUAUUGUUUUAAAAACUAGUGAUAUAAGAUAUAAGAGCCAAAAACAGUCACUUUAUUUAAUUUAAAAAAUGUGCCGAAAUUGAUGUAUGUAUUAGCAUUGAGGUAUUAAGUUUACUAUUAUUGUUAUAAGUAUAAUAUUUAAUUUUUGUUACUUACAAAUAAAUUAUAUAGCUCUUAA